AUGAAAGGACAACAACAGAAGCAACAAGAGAUACAACAGCAGCCACAGUUUGAUUACAAUGUACUGACACAGUAUCAGGUACCAAAGGAUGGUGAUGGAUACAGUUGGUCAUUCUCACUGGAUCAGUUUGAUGAGACUGCAAUGGUGGCAGCCGGCAACAAUGUACAGAAUAAUCCACAAGAGUUCUUUAAUCGCUUCGGCUUUGUAGUUGUACGCGAUGUGCUCACAGGAGACGACUGUGAUCGCACCGUAUCAGAGAUAUUUGAUAUAAUCGAGAGCAAGUCUCCGAGAUUCAAGCGCAACGACCGGUCGACUUGGGACCACUUCCCAACUGAAGAGUCGAUCAUGCAGUAUGGCAGCCCGUCGCGACCACCCAUCUUCACUAGGCAGUUCCUGAUGAACCGCCAGAACCCCCGCGUAUACCGAGUGUUUGCCGAGCUGCUGAAGAACCCAGACCUGAUGGUCAACAAUGACCGUUGCUGCUUCUUCCGUCCCACAGUCAACACACCGGGUGUCGCGCUGGGCAAGCCCGAGUGGUCAACCAAGAGCAAUGUGCAUUUGGACAUGAAUCCAUUCAACUGGAUGGGCGACGGUUCGAUGUGUCGCCAGGAGCUGGAUCGACUGCGAUACGACCGACUUGGCGAGUUUAUACAGGAGAACAACCAGCCAAGUCAGCAUGACGGCCGUCAACUGCAAGCCGUGCUGAAUCUGCUCGAGAACCACGAGGAGGAUGGUGGCUACGUUGUCGUGCCAGGCUUCAUGAAUCACUUUGUCGACUACUUCAACACAAAGAAGCCAGAGUAUAGCCAGCCGUCGUGGAACUGGCAGACAAAGGACCCAUUGUUCAAGUUUGCCAAGCGCAUCUCCAUGCGCAAGGGAUCAAUGGUGAUCUGGGACCAGCGCAUGCCUCAUGGAUCUUUCAACAACACCUCGUCCAACCCUCGCAUGGCCCAAUUCAUCAAGAUCUAUCCGACAUCCACCGUGUCCAAUGACAGAUACAAGAGUAGAGCUGCAGUCGUGUCCAACAUCCUGGCGUCAUUCAGUGACCCAUUCCCACUGACCAAGUUAGGUGCUGGCCUGUUUGGAGUCAAAGAGCGAGGACUUCCAACUGUUGAUUGA